UAUGUAAACUUCAGACAGAAAAAGCUAAUUACAGAAUGUGGUAGAGCAAACUGAGAGAGGCAGGGCAUGACUGUGGAUUACCAUAAACCUGAAAUCUGUUUGAUGCAUCACUUCCUGACUUGAGAAGGAGAGAGACAGAAAAGAGGAAGGAGAAAGAGGUUAAUAGGAGAGAAGAGGGAUACGGUGUAGGUGAGGAGGGUGGAGUUAAGAAACCACAGAAGGUGGACAAGACAAACAGAGAGCAGCGCACAGAUCCCUUGAGCUUGGCAAACUGCCCGAGUAAAACAAGACAAUGAAGACCUGAAAAGCAAAGCUGAACCCGGACUCCACAUUCAGCUGGGAGGAUGUAAGAAAAGGACCUGACUGUGAGAAGGAGAGAAACAUGAGCCUGAAAUAACUGCAUCGAACAUUUUCUUUGGCAUAUAACACACAACUGAAGGAGCUGAGGAUGACUUCAUUAUCAGAAGCAGACUUCCAGUGCAAAAAUGGAGAUACUAUCUGUGCCAUCCGAGUGUAUGAGCAGGAGGUGAUCAUUGUGCCCAUAUUCCUGCUGGCUGGCUUCCUGAUCACUCUGGUCUUCAUUUUACUGAUGCGCUUUUGUCCGGAGAAAGUUCAUCGCAUCCGUCCACAGGCCUCGAAGUCAGCCACCAGGAGAAUACUGCAUGGCAUUGAUGCUCCACCAGGUAUCAAUGUCCUGGAGCAUGAAAGCAUCGCUCUGGACAUGCCCACUUCCUACUCCACCUUCCAACCCCCAAACUCUAACUACCCCUCCAAAAACCUGUCCAUGUCUGUGGUCACACCUUCUUUCCCACACAGCCCCCCACCACAGCCCUUCAAGCCCAAUUUCAUCCCCGUUGUCCAGCCCAGAGAGUUGCCCCGUCAGAGGCUGCCCGAGUCCUUCAACCUGGUCACCCCUCUGCCUGUUGCCUUCUCCCUGCGCACCGACUCUUCUGUGUCCCUCUGCAGGGCUCGAAUGGAAAACAGGAAUGUGGUGCUGCGAGUCCUAAAUGACUCUGCUGAUGCCACAGAAAGGCACAACUUCCUGGGCUUUGCAUCCUUCUUGUCCCAGCUGGGACCACAUCCCUUCCUGCCAGAGCUUCUUGGUGUUGUCUCACUCCGGGCUCCCCUGGUUACAGUUGUGGAAGAACUGGAGAAUAGAGAUCUGCUCAGCUUCCUGUGGCGUUGCAGACAGGAACAAGUGGAUAAUCCAUGUGAGAUGACUGAGAGACGAAUAUUUACCAUGGCCAAACAGGUGGCCUCAGCUCUGGAGUUCCUUCAUAGCAAAGAUAUUCUCCACGGAAACAUCCGUGCCCACAGCGUACUAGUCACCAAGGAGUUCACAGCCAAGCUUUGGGGCCUGCAUGGGGUCUACACAAGGAAGAACCAGGAAGCCACUCAGAGAGAUGAUCCCAGCAUGAAGAAAUGGCAGGCACCAGAGCUGUUAGCCAAAAGACCUGCUGGUCAGAGCAGCGACAUCUGGUCAUUCGGCAUCUUACUAUAUGAAAUGGCAACACUGGGUGAAGCUCCUUUUGCAGAAAUCCCAGUUAAUGAGCUACUGCAGUUUCAUCAACGAGGGAAAAGUCUGAAAAAACCUUCCAACUGUUCCAACACGCUAUACUCCGUCAUGAAGAGUUGUUGCCAGUGGAAGGAUCAAGAUCGACCCUCUCUGGCUGAGGUAAGCCGCAAGCUCCUGUCAGGAGAGAAAAGUGCCUCCGACAAAGUCCUCAAGGUGUCGGGGACAGUAAACAUCGAGCAGUACCUGCAGGAAGCAGGAUACGGGGAAGCAAAUAGCUACACUGUUUUUUGAUCACUCCCUGUGCAAGCAAAAAUACAUUGCACUAUUCUCCCCAAUGUUGCACUUCUACACAACACUAUCUUUCAGGUGCAAUAAAAGUGUUCCAAACUGUUUGAGUGCUGUGGGCACUGAAAUUGUUCCUUUAUUUGUUACGUAUUCUUCUACUUGAGGUCUACACAAUGUAAAUGAGAAACAAUGUGCCAAAUAAUCUCAUUCAUGUGCAUCUUUGUCCAUCUAGGGAAUGCCUAAAUGUUUGAGGUUCAGUUAGGGAAAUAUAACAUGAUUAACAUAUGAUAAUUUUUUUUUGUAGUAGUACACUUUAAUAUAUGUAAACUUGACCAAUGUACAGCCACUGCAUCCUAAACUUGUAUAUUAUGAUUUAUGCAUCUUGUUUACAACCUAAAGCCAAUGUAUAUUAACAGAUGUAAUAUGUUAUUACAUUUUUAUAUGGUUUCAUAUUUGGCAGGGUUAAGGAAAUGAAGGACAUAAAUUUAAUUAUGCUGUUAUUACACUCACUGUCUUCUCUAUGAGCUCAGUUCAUGUGGACAUUUCCAAACAAGAAAUUAUCUCAAACUGUUUAUUGUUAAAUGUGAAUAAAAAUA